AUGACGAAGCAGAGCGCCACCGCGGCGGCCGCCGUCGUCAGCGCGCCGGUGACGGAGAAGGCGGCAGUGGGCGGCCGUGGCGUCGAGGCCACUACGGAGGAGCAGGCGAGGGCGAUCAUCUGCGCGGCGACGAGGGCGGAUAUGCCUUUCCUGUCAUAUGGAGAUUUAUCCUCAUCUGAUCCAUUUAGUGAAGAUCAAAAUGCAAGCCAGCAGAGGAGAGAGCUAGUAGAGGGCCAGAGUUCUAUUACUGGGUUACUAAGUUCACAUGUGGAGCAAAGGGCUUAUAACCUUCGCCCUCGGAAGGAUGAUUCAGUUACCAUUCAAAGGAGAUCAGAAUUUGCGAGAUUGAGGCAGGAGCAGCAGAAUCAGAGAAGAAAUAAGCGCAAGGAAGAGAUAAGUGCUUAUGAGCAAUUUUCCCACAACAAUGUCUGGAAGAAUCUGGAUCUGGAAGCACUGCCUGAAACUAGUGAUAAUGAUUUGGAAGAUAUAACUAAGGUAGUAGUUGGUGAUACAAUUGAUAAAAUGGGCAUGGGAGGUGAGUUGUAUUCUAGUCAAGAAUUUUAUGAGCAGGUUUUGGGAAGGUAUCAGGAGAGUUUUUCUAUCCGAGUAGUACAAGCAAUGAUUUAUUAA